UUUACAGCCACGAGUUAGUGGAAGGUCAGCGCUGCUGAAGGAGUCGACCGGAGGAGGUUGACGUCGACCACAUUGGCGGCGACGACGACCGUGCGCUUCACCUGGAGGCCCGGCGGAGGGGGCGCGUCCCCCCGCGCGGCCUGAAAGUCCAGGUUUCCUCUUAUAGGACACGGAUCGUUUGACUGUCAUCCGAGGAAGUCGUCUAAUCUUAGCCGUGAAACGUAUCCCUCCUCCCCGCUCAGGGGGCUCGCAGGGUACAGGCUUGUGGACUCAGUUGUGUGUGUGUGUGCGUGUGUGUGUGCGCUACCUGCGUUGCAGUCGGGAGGAAGUUAGAAUGAGAGACACAGUUCGCAGGCUGCAUGGUAAUCUGGACUUGAUGCAUGGCAGUUGCAUGACCGCAGUAGGGUCUUGUUGUGGGACUGAGAGCACCCAGCUGCAGCCAUGGCUCAAACCAUGCACGUGAAUGGCAGCGGCCCAGAAAGAGGACAAAGAUGCCCAAGCACAGAAGACGAGAAGGACCCCGUGGCCCCCUACUAUGUUGAAACCCCCUACGGUUAUCAGCUAGACCUGGACUUCCUCAAAUAUGUCGACGACAUCGAGAGGGGCAACACCAUCAAGAAGCUGAGUAUCCAGCGGAAGCCCAAAGUGGCCAAACCCUUGGCCGUGCCCCGGGGCAGCACCGGCGGGGGCAGCACUCAGGCUGAAUGGACCUCCACGGACUCCUUGUCCUCCUCCAACAGCGACGACAAGCAGUCGCCAGUCUUCUUCGCCUCCAGGCCCCAGGUCGCUGCGCCGCUGACCCCUACCCUAUCCAGGGCCACGUUUGAGGUGCCCGCGCCACAAUCCUUCUCCACCAUUGCAGAGCACAAACUGCUCCUGCCUCCUCCCUCGCCCCGGUUUGCUCCGCGCCACAACCCCCAAGUGGAGAAGACCCUCAUGGAGACGCGCCGUCGACUCGAACAGGAGCGCCUGCUCAUACAGGCGCACAGCGAGCCUCCGAUGCCCCGUCGCCGGCUCGCCAGCUUCGGCGGCAUGGGCUCCAGCAGCUCACUCUCCUCUUACUCGGGCUCCGUGGCCCCGAGCCAGAUCUCUCCCAGCACCCUCCAGCCUCUCCCCAUCAACGGUUACCUCCCUAACGGAGAGUACAAUCUCUACUACCCAGCGUCCAUGGGCAGCUCCAUUCGCCACAGCCCAAUGAGCUCUGGCAUGGCCACGCCCGUUACCAACGUCAGCCCGUUACACCUUCAUCAAAUCCGUGAGCAGAUGGUGGUGGCCCUCAAGAGGUUGAAAGAGUUGGAGGAGCAGGUGAAAACCAUUCCUAUCUUACAGGUUAAGAUCGCCGUUCUUCAGGAGGAGAAAAGACAAGUGGCCGCUCAAUCCAAAAACCAGGGUCCAGGUGGUUUUCGUAAGCGUUCCUACAGUGUAGGCAGUGCCGACCAAAUGGAGAACCCGGGCCCCAUUCAGAAGGAACCGGAGCUACACAUCAUGGAGCCUGAAGCCCAGGAACAGAACACCCAGAGGCUGGAGGAGUUCAGGCGUCUGGCCGCAGAGGUCCAAGCUCUGGAGAAAACGACACAGGACAAUAAUGUCAAUGAAAUCCGGCCUCGCAGCCUCGUGCAAAACCGAGCCCACCAGAAGUCCGUUGGCGUAGUUACUGAUGAAAACAUGAACAACCUUUCCGUCGGUCAGAGGACGACGACUAGAGAACAAUGUUUCCGGGACGCGGGAGUAGGGACGGAGCGGCAGGAGGUGCGCAGCACUGCGGUCGGCGUGACCGAGGCCAUGCUGGGCAUGACUAGUGAAGCCGACAGGGAGAUCGAGCUCCAGCAGCAGACCAUCGAGGCACUGAAAGAGAAGAUCUACCGCCUCGAGGUGCAGCUGAAAGAAACCACGCACCAGAUGGAGAUGGGGAAGCUCAAACUGGAGCUUCAAGCGGCCGGCGGGUCCAACAGGAAAAAGGCGGACAAAGGUUCGAUGGCCAGGCCGGAGAUGUACAACGCCUGCGUCGAAGCCAAAGUCCAGACGCACAGCCGAGGAGUGGGCGACCACGUGGAGUUCAGCCACGUCAGCACAGCUCAAACUGUACAAAGCCACACCGUCGGAGUGUCCUGUCAACCGAGUGUCGCGAGCAUCGCCACGGGCCCCGAGAUCCCCAUGGACCAGUGGGUGGUGCGCGAGCGGGUGCCUGUGACCGACCGGUGUGUAGGGAGGCAGGUGGAGACGUGCCACCGGCAGGUGGGCACGGAGCUGGACGUGUGUGAGGUGGGAGUGAACACACAGGAGUCCGUGGACAGCUCGGCCGUCUGCAAACCCAUGACGGAGCUGAACAAAGAGUCGAGGUCCAUCGGCUGUGGAGAUUGUUCAGUGGAUGUGACCGUUGGUCCCGUCAAGGAGCUGGUGUCGCAAGGCACUGACCCAGAUGCUGUGAGCAAAGUGGACCGCGGCGUCACGGCUGCUCCCGAGUCAUCGACUCGGCAGACCAACACUGAGCAGACAGAAUUCGCGAGCAAGUCGACCAACACGAAAACGGCGGUCCUCGCGGACUCUUUCACCGACAUGUCGCUGAUCACGCGCGACAAGCACACCAGCACAACGGUGACGGAAACGAGGACGGUCGCCGCCGGAGAGGGUCUCGUCAAAGACGUUCACGCCACGGCGAACACGCGUUCCAUCGCUGUUGGAACCACCACGGACGUGGAGUCAUUCCUUGGCAAGUCGAGCUUACCUAAAACCAAAGAAUGCGGGGUGGGACCAGUCAGCGUCCAUGAGAACUUUUUGGUUGGCUUAAAAACAAGAAACAUAGCAUGCGGCCCCGCCCAGGCAGCUGACUCUGUCACGAUCAUCAGCAGCAGCAGCAGCAGCGGCGAGGACACUACGGAGGUUAAAACGGAGCCGGAACCACUGCAGACUGAGGCCCAGGGGGGCGUCGGACUGGACCAUUACAUCGAGCGGGUGCAGAAGCUGCUGCAGGAGCAGCAGAUGCUGCUGGCCGAGAACUACAGUGAGCUGGCGGAAGCCUUCGGUCAGCCGCAGUCCCAGUUCGGGUCCAUCAACAGUCAGCUGGUGAGCACGCUGUCGUCCAUCAACUCCGUCAUGAAGUACGGGAGCGCCGAGGACCUGCUCAGGCUGCAGUCGGACGCGGCGGGUUCAGACGCAGUGCUCAGUCAGCAGCCGUGCUCCCAGUCUCUCUCUCAGGUGGAGAAGACGUCGUCGGGCUCGACCCCGGCAGACAAACCCGCCGCGCAGCAGCAGCUCAGCGCGGCCGAGCAGAAGAGCAGGAUGGACCUGCAGAUGUCUACGGCGCUGCACGGGCAGCCGUGCAGUCAGAACACGCUGAAGUCCAUCAUGAAGAAGAAAGACGGCCGACCCGACGCCAACGGCACCAAGAAGAACCUGCAGUUCGUCGGCGUGAACGGAGGGUACGAGACCACGUCCAGCGACGACUCCAGCUCCGAGGACAGCAGCUCCUCCGGGUCGGACGAAGACGAGGAGGAGGAGGAGGAGGAGGAAGAGGAGGACGAUGAGAAGGAGUUGGGAGGAGAGGAGGAGGAGGAGGGCUACAAGAACGUGGGGGGGAAGAGCACCAGGGAGGAGGAGGAGUUCAAGCCCGAGGGAACCGAGGAUGUGGAUCAGAAGGACGAAGAGGAGAGUUCAGAGAAGCAGGAGACCAGAGACAGGUAUGAGCUAAGUGAGAAGAUGCUGGCCGCGUGCAACGUUCUCAAAAGUCACCUGGGCGACCCGAAGGCUGUGAGCAGUAAAGAUCUGAGAACCUGUCUGAACACGGUGCAGCACGAGUGGUUCCGCGUGUCCAGUCAGAAGGCGGCGAUGGCGGCCAUGGUGGAGGACUACCUGGGGGCCUUCGGCGGCGUCUCGCCCGCCGUGCUGCGCCACGUCGUCAACAUGGCCGACGGCAACGGCAACACGGCGCUCCACUACAGCGUGUCGCACUCCAACUUCCUGGUGGUGCGGAAGCUGCUGGACGCAGACGUGUGUAACGUGAACCAGCAGAACAAGGCGGGGUACACGCCCAUCAUGCUCGCAGCGCUGGCCGCCGUGGAGACGCCCAACGACAUGAGCAUUGUGGAGGAGCUCUUCAGCAAGGGCGACGUCAACGCGCGGGCCAGCCAGGCCGGUCAGACGGGGCUGAUGCUGGCGGUCAGUCACGGCAGGAUGGACAUGGUGCGGGCGCUGCUGGGCCACGGGGCCGACGUCAACGUCCAGGACGACGAGGGCUCCACGGCGCUGAUGUGCGCCAGCGAGCACGGCCACGUGGAGAUCGUCAAGCUGCUGCUCGCCCAGCCCGGCUGCGACGCCACGCUCAGCGACAGCGACGAGAGCAACGCCCUGUCCAUCGCUCUGGAAGCAGGACACAAGGACAUCGCAGUGCUGCUGUACGCACACGUCAACUUCUCCAAAGCCCAGUCGCCGGGAACCCCUCGACUCGGCAGGAAGAUGUCGCCCAGUCCCACGCAGAGGGGCAUGUUUGAUUAGACCCCCCCCACCCCCCACCUCUGUCCAGGAAACGUCCCGCCCCGCGCUGCUAUUGGUUCACACUGAACGACGCUUUACCCCCAGCUGGACGAGGGACUCGAUCCCAAAAACACCAACCAAUCAACCAAUGAGAUUUCUGGAAUUAUUAUUUUUUUAAUUUUUAUUAUUUAUGUGCUCACCUCUGGCCUCCACGAACGAACCCAAAGUGCCCUUUUGAAUAUGAAUGUAACCAAGCUGGUGCCUCGAGUCCAGUCAGUCAGACCAACGCGAGAAUCCUUCUUUUGUUUUAUUUUUGUUUUUAAUUUUUCUCCAUUUUAGUUUCUUCCUCCAAUUUGACCAUUUAUAUGUUGUUUUUUAUUUCUAAAGCUUGAUGUUGAUCAUUCAAGAGCAUCAAAACAUUUUCAUUUGUUAUUAAUUCUUUUUUUGUUGAGCUCAUCAGAGUAGAUGGAUUGGGGGGAAUAAUCCACCCUCAUGGUUCCUGUAUAUAUAUUUCUCGCCUCAUCGUCCCGGCGUGUGUCACGCGAUAAAUUCGUCGACGCAACGUAGAACUGGAGAAACUGUACUUUUAUACAAAUCCUUUGUAUCUAUUUAAAAAAAGAAAGAAAGAAGAAUCACAGUAUUUUGAAUAUUUUCCUUAUUACUACUUAUCGAUCCAUGAAGUUAUAUAUUUAUCAAAGUAUAGUUUUUAAUGCAGAUAUAUGUAUUUCAUUGUACAUAACGGCGGUCAUCGUUUAGAGUUUAGUUAUUCUCCUUUAUUUUUAUUUUUUUUGUCUUUGUGUCCAGUUUCUGUCGCUCACUUGUAAUAUGAACUUGUCCUUCCUCCUCUCGUCUUCAUCCCGGUGCUGACUUUCAUCCUCAAAUGAGAAUUGAAGUGCCUGAGACUUUGCCAUAUAACAAUAAACAAACGAUUAAAGAAUAUUAAAAGUG